AAAAUGUUCAGUUGUCAUCAAAGAGUUUGUAGAAGCGGCGGAAGCGCAAGAAAAGAUGUUGAAAUUAAUCAUUUUGGUGAUUUUCCUACAGAGUCAAAUACAGCAGACGUUUUGCCAAGAAGAUCCGAUGAAGCAAGCUGCACAGCUCGUCAGACAGAGUUGUCAGCCCAAAACCAAAGUCACAACAGAAGCCAUCGAGGGUGUCAACAAGAGAAUCUUCCCGGACAAUGACAAGAGCAUCAAAUGCUAUCUGAAUUGUGUCCUCGAAAUGGGUCAAACGAUGAAGCGCGGUAAAGUGAUCUACAAGCAAGCAGUGCAGCAGAUAAAGCAGUUUGUGCCUGAAAACCAGAAGGAGAGCGCACUCUACGCCCUCGACAUGUGCAAAGAUGCGCACAUUCUAUGGUGCGAGAGACGCUUUUUUAUGCACACUAUUUGGUACAUUUGCAAUUUAACCAUCACCAAAAGCGCGCCCCGGGCGGCCAAAGGGCGCGUCAGGGACGAAAGAGAGGAACUCAGGGCUAGAAAUUGUGUUUAAACCAAAAAUUCUAGGUAAGAAACGAUAGAAUGACUUUCACAGUGGGCGUGGCUUGCGAAUGGGUAGAACUAGUAAUUAAAACAUACUGGAUUUAUCUUUAACUCACUAGAACCAAUAAAAGCAAUGGAAAAUGUUCGAGAUUUUCAAUAAUUAUUUACAGCAAUUAAUGAUAUCUAGACAUCUGAAUUGGACAAAGUUUAUCAUCACAAGACUACAAAUCAUUGUGGGCGGAGCUUUCAUUAAUUUACUUUCACAACGAUUUCCCAAGCAAAAACAAUACAAAUUACAGAAUAAACCCAA